GAUAUUUCCUCAUGUGUGAGUCCAGAGUGAGUCUCACCGUGAGGAGCUUCAUGAGAGCCAGAACACAGACGGACUGAAGAACAGACACUCAUGUCUCCAUCUGAAGCUGCAUCCACACUCUUCUGCUGGGAUUGGGCUCUUCUGGAAACUGGACUUUAGAGAAAUGAUGCUCAUCUUUGGACUGAUGCUGCUGCUGCUGCAAACUGCUGCAUGUGUGGAGUUUAACUGCAGGUUUAAUCAGUCAGAUCCCUGUUACGCAGCUCUGGGACACAAACUCAAUCUGCUGAUGGUGGACACUAGUGAAUAUGUCCUGAAGAUACAAAAGAGAAUAAACAACAAUCAAGAUGAUCCAGUUUGUAGAGUAAAGAAUGACAAGAUAAAGGAGAAUCAAUGUGAUCUUUUUAAUGACAGAACUGAAGUGACAGUCAUUAAUGGGACUCUGAUAAUAAACCGUGUGAUCAGAGCAGAUUCAGGGAUUUACACUUUAAGACUCGAGGGCUCAGACGGCACAGUAACAUCUGCAGAUCUUCAAGUGAAUGUUGAAGCUCCUAUUGGCUCAGUGGAAGUGUCAAUCAGCUGCUCCUCCAAUGGGAUGAAGUCAGUGUCCUGCUCCUCUGACGGGGAUCAGCUCAUCUACAGCUGGACUCUGAAUGGAGAAUCACUGAUGGAUGGAAACACCACCAUUCAGCUGAAUGAGGAAACUGAUGGAAACAUCAUCUGCAGUGUGAAGAACCACGUCAGUGACGGACAGAAGAGCAUUAGAGUAAAACACUGUCCUGGUGUGGAGUUUAACUGCAGGUUUAAUCAGGCAGAUCCCUGUUACGCAGCUCUGGGACACAAACUCAAUCUGCUGAUGGUGGACACUAGUGAAUAUGUCCUGAAGAUACAAAAGAGAAUAAACAACAACCAAGAUGAUCCAGUUUGUAGAGUAAGGAGUGACAAGAUAAAGGAAUGUGAUUUUUUUAAUAACAGAACUGAAGUGACAGUCAUUAACGGGACUCUGAUAAUAAACCGUGUGAUCAGAGCAGAUUCAGGGAUUUACACUUUAAUACUCGAGGGCUCAGACGGCACAGAAACAUCUGCAGAUCUUCAAGUGAAUGUUGAAGCUCCUAUUGGCUCAGUGAAUGUGUCAAUCAGCUGCUCCUCCAAUGGGAUGAAGUCAGUGUCCUGCUCCUCUGACGGGGAUCAGCUCAUCUACAGCUGGACUCUGAAUGGAGAAUCACUGAUGGAUGGAAACACCACCAUUCAGCUGAAUGAGGAAACUGAUGGAAACAUCAUCUGCAGUGUGAAGAACCACGUCAGUCACGAACAGAAGAGCAUUAGAGUAAAACACUGUCCUGGUGUGGAGUUUAACUGCAGGUUUAAUCAGUCAGAUCCCUGUUACGCAGCUCUGGGACACAAACUCAAUCUGCUGAUAGUGAACACUAGUGAAUAUGACCUGAAGAUACAAAAGAGAAUAAACAACAACCAAGAUGAUCCAGUUUGUAGAGUAAAGAAUGACAAGAUAAAGAAGAAUCAAUGUGAUCUUUUUAAUAACAGAACUGAAGUGACAGUCAUUAAUGGGACUCUGACAAUAAACGGUGUGAUCAGAGCAGAUUCAGGGAAUUACACUUUAAGACUCAAUCGCUCAGACGGCACAGUAACAUCUGCAGAUCUUCAAGUGAAUGUUGAAGGUGUGGAGUUGAACUGCAGGUUUAAUCAGUCAGAUCCCUGUUACGCAGCUCUGGGACACAAACUCAAUCUGCUGAUGGUGGACACUAGUAAAUAUGUCCUGAAGAUACAAAAGAGAAUAAACAACAACCAAGAUGAUCCAGUUUGUAGAGUAAAGAAUGACAAGAUAAGGGAAUGUGAUCUUUUUAAUAACAGAACUGAAGUGACAGUCAUUAAUGGGACUCUGAUAAUAAACCGUGUGAUCAGAGCAGAUUCAGGGAUUUACACUUUAAGACUCGAUCACUCAGACGGCACAGAAACAUCUGCAGAUCUUCAAGUGAAUGUUGAAGCUCCUAUUGGCUCAGUGAAUGUGUCAAUCAGCUGCUCCUCCAAUGGGAUGAAGUCAGUGUCCUGCUCCUCUGACGGGGAUCAGCUCAUCUACAACUGGACUCUGAAUGGAGAAUCACUGAUGGAUGGAAACACCACCAUUCAGCUGAAUGAGGAAACUGAUGGAAACAUCAUCUGCAGUGUGAAGAACCACGUCAGUCACGAACAGAAGAGCAUUAGAGUAAAACACUGUCCUGGUGUGGAGUUUAACUGCAGGUUUAAUCAGUCAGAUCCCUGUUACGCAGCUCUGGGACACAAACUCAAUCUGCUGAUGGUGGACACUAGUGAAUAUGACCUGAAGAUACAAAAGAGAAUAAACAACAACCAAGAUGAUCCAGUUUGUAGAGUAAAGAAUGAGAAGAAGAAGGAGAAUCAAUGUGAUCUUUUUAAUAACAGAACUGAAAUGACAGUCAUUAAUGGGACUCUGAUAAUAAACCGUGUGAUCAGAGCAGAUUCAGGGAUUUACACUUUAAGACUCGAACACUCAGACGGCACAGAAACAUCUGCAGAUCUUCAAGUGAAUGUUGAAGCUCCUAUUGGCUCAGUGGAAGUGUCAAUCAGCUGCUCCUCCAAUGGGAUGAAGUCAGUGUCCUGCUCCUCUGACGGGGAUCAGCUCAUCUACAACUGGACUCUGAAUGGAGAAUCACUGAUGGAUGGAAACACCACCAUUCAGCUGAAUGAGGAAACUGAUGGAAACAUCAUCUGCAGUGUGAAGAACCACGUCAGUCACGGACAGAAGAACAUUAGAGUAAAACACUGUCCUGGUGUGGAGUUUAACUGCAGGUUUAAUCAGGCAGAUCCCUGUUACGCAGUUCUGGGACACAAACUCAGUCUGCUGAUGGUGGACACUAGUGAAUAUGUCCUGAAGAUACAAAAGAGAAUAAACAACAACCAAGAUGAUCCAGUUUGUAGAGUAAAGAAUGACAAGAUAAAGGAGAAUCAAUGUGAUCUUUUUAAUGACAGAACUGAAGUGACAGUCAUUAAUGGGACUCUGAUAAUAAACCGUGUGAUCAGAGCAGAUUCAGGGAUUUACACUUUAAUACUCGAGGGCUCAGACGGCACAGAAACAUCUGCAGAUCUUCAAGUGAAUGUUGAAGUUCCUAUUGGCUCAGUGGAAGUGUCAAUCAGCUGCUCCUCCAAUGGGAUGAAGUCAGUGUCCUGCUCCUCUGACGGGGAUCAGCUCAUCUACAGCUGGACUCUGAAUGGAGAAUCACUGAUGGAUGGAAACACCACCAUUCAGCUGAAUGAGGAAACUGAUGGAAACAUCAUCUGCAGUGUGAAGAACCACGUCAGUCACCGACAGAAGAGCAUUAGAGUAAAACACUGUCCUGGUGUGGAGCGGUUCUGCAGGUUUAAUCAGGCAGAUCCCUGUUACGCAGCUCUGGGACACAAACUCAAUCUGCUGAUGGUGAACACUAGUGAAUAUGUCCUAAAGAUACAAAAGAGAAUAAACAACAACCAAGAUGAUCCAGUUUGUAGAGUAAAGAAUGACAAGAUAAAGGAGAAUCAAUGUGAUCUUUUUAAUGACAGAACUGAAGUUAUUAAUAGGACUCUGAUAAUAAACCGUGUGAUCAGAGCAGAUUCAGGGAUUUACACUUUAAGACUCGAGGGCUCAGACGGCACAGAAACAUCUGCAGAUCUUCAAGUGAAUGUUGAAGGUGUGGAGUUUAACUGCAGGUUUAAUCAGGCAGAUCCCUGUUACGCAGCUCUGGGACACAAACUCAAUCUGCUGAUGGUGGACACUAGUGAAUAUGACCUGAAGAUACAAAAGAGAAUAAACAACAACCAAGAUGAUCCAGUUUGUAGAGUAAAGAAUGACAAGAUAAGGGAAUGUGAUCUUUUUAAUAACAGAACUGAAGUGACAGUCAUUAAUGGGACUCUGAUAAUAAACCGUGUGAUCAGAGCAGAUUCAGGGAUUUACACUUUAAGACUCGAACACUCAGACGGCACAGAAACAUCUGCAGAUCUUCAAGUGAAUGUUGAAGCUCCUAUUGGCUCAGUGGAAGUGUCAAUCAGCUGCUCCUCCAAUGGGAUGAAGUCAGUGUCCUGCUCCUCUGACGGGGAUCAGCUCAUCUACAACUGGACUCUGAAUGGAGAAUCACUGAUGGAUGGAAACACCACCAUUCAGCUGAAUGAGGAAACUGAUGGAAACAUCAUCUGCAGCGUGGAGAACCACGUCAGUCACGGACAGAAGAACAUUAGAGUAAAACACUGUCCUGGUGUGGAGCGGUUCUGCAGGUUUAAUCAGGCAGAUCCCUGUUACGCAGCUCUGGGACACAAACUCAAUCUGCUGAUGGUGGACACUAGUAAAUAUGACCUGAAGAUACAAAAGAGAAUAAACAACAACCAAGAUGAUCCAGUUUGUAGAGUAAAGAAUGACAAGAUAAAGGAGAAUCAAUGUGAUCUUUUUAAUGACAGAACUGAAGUGACAGUCAUUAAUGGGACUCUGAUAAUAAACCGUGUGAUCAGAGCAGAUUCAGGGAAUUACACUUUAAGACUCAUUAGCUCAGAUGGCACAGAAACAUCUGCAGAUCUUCAAGUGAAUGUUGAAGCUCCUAUUGGCUCAGUGAACGUGUCAAUCAGCUGCUCCUCCAAUGGGAUGAAGUCAGUGUCCUGCUCCUCUGACGGGGAUCAGCUCAUCUACAGCUGGACUCUGAAUGGAGAAUCACUGAUGGAUGGAAAAACCACCAUUCAGCUGAAUGAGGAAACUGAUGGAAACAUCAUCUGCAGUGUGAAGAACCACGUCAGUGACGGACAGAAGAGCAUUAGAGUAAAACACUGUCCUGGUGUGGAGUUUAACUGCAGGUUUAAUCAGUCAGAUCCCUGUUACGCAGCUCUGGGACACAAACUCAAUCUGCUGAUGGUGGACACUAGUAAAUAUAGACUGAAGAUACAAAAGAGAAUAAACAACAACCAAGAUGAUCCAGUUUGUAAAGUAGUGAAUGACAAGAUAAGGGAGACUGAAUGUGAUCUUUUUAAUGACAGAACUGAAGUGACAGUCAUUAAUGGGACUCUGAUAAUAAACCGUGUGAUCAGAGCAGAUUCAGGGAUUUACACUUUAAGACUCGAGGGCUCAGACGGCACAGAAACAUCUGCAGAUCUUCAAGUGAAUGUUGAAGCUCCUAUUGGCUCAGUGGAAGUGUCAAUCAGCUGCUCCUCCAAUGGGAUGAAGUCAGUGUCCUGCUCCUCUGACGGGGAUCAGCUCAUCUACAGCUGGACUCUGAAUGGAGAAUCACUGAUGGAUGGAAACACCACCAUUCAGCUGAAUGAGGAAACUGAUGGAAACAUCAUCUGCAGUGUGAAGAACCACGUCAGUCACCGACAGAAGAACAUUAGAGUAAAACACUGUCCUGGUGUGGAGCGGUUCUGCAGGUUUAAUCAGUCAGAUCCCUGUUACGCAGCUCUGGGACACAAACUCAAUCUGCUGAUGGUGGACACUAGUAAAUAUGUCCUGAAGAUACAAAAGAGAAUAAACAACAACCAAGAUGAUCCAGUUUGUAGAGUAAGGAGUGACAAGAUAAGGGAGACUGAAUGUGAUCUUUUUAAUAACAGAACUGAAGUGACAGUCAUUAAUGGGACUCUGAUAAUAAACCGUGUGAUCAGAGCAGAUUCAGGGAUUUACACUUUAAGACUCGAACACUCAGAUGGCACAGUAACAUCUGCAUAUCUUCAAGUGAAUGUUGAAGCUCCUAUUGGCUCAGUGGAAGUGUCAAUCAGCUGCUCCUCCAAUGGGAUGAAGUCAGUGUCCUGCUCCUCUGACGGGGAUCAGCUCAUCUACAACUGGACUCUGAAUGGAGAAUCACUGAUGGAUGGAAACACCACCAUUCAGCUGAAAGAGGAAACUGAUGGAAACAUCAUCUGCAGUGUGAAGAACCACGUCAGUGACCGACAGAAGAGCAUUAGAGUAAAACACUGUCCUGGACCAACAACUACUGCAGCAGCUGUGACCUCUAGUUUGACCCCUGCACAGACCAGUAGCACACAGGCACCAGAUCAUGGUACGAGUUUAUCAUCAGCUGAUACCUCUCUCACCCCCACCCCCACUCAGAGUUCUGAACCGUUUCCUUCAUGGAAGUUUAUAAAAAUCUCUCUGAUUGUUUUGGGCUGUGUUUCGCUGAUCCUGAUUCUGCUCUUCAUCACUGCAUGUCACUUUUACAAAAGGAAACAGCUCCAGUCAACACCAGUCUCUGCUGGAGAUACGGAGCUCGUGUAUGCUCAGAUCUCUCACGACAAACACAAAAAGAGUGAAAAGAACAAAUCAGAAUCUCUCCCAGCUGCUGAUGUUGAAUACGCUGCGGUCAGGCCGCAGACAAAGCAGAAGGAGAGGAAGGAGGAAGAGGUUCAAUAUGGAGAGGUGACGUUCACUCCGAACUGCUCAAACACUCUCCAGGAGCCUAAGGAGGAGUGUGUGUACUCUCAGGUACAAAGACGCUAGUUUCACAACAAAAGUUGUGUAAAUUAAGUCCUUGUGUGCAUUUAUGUUCACUUUGGGAGAUUUACAAUUUAUAUAAAACAUAUUCAUAUGGAGUAUUGGGAAAAAAGUUUUUGUAAAUUAUUUUUUUUGACAUGAUAAUCGUUCAUGUUAAUGGUGGUAUUAUAUGUUGAUAUUAUGUCAUGUUAUGGACUAUCCCAGCUAACAAAAACAUGUUCUAAGUAUGUUUUGCUGAUGUUCCUAUUAAGUUAAGAAAAUGUUAUUUCUGAAUGUACUCUAAAUGUCCAAAAGUUUUUAAUGAUUUAAAAUGUUUUUUUUUUUUUUGGUUAGGCAAACAUACGUAGAGGUCAAACAUUCCAUUUCAUCAUUUUGCAAACAUUAUUGGGACGUUAGUUUUGAAUGUUCUCUAAACAUUCUGAAACAAGUAGUAACAUAAAAAACGUUAGACAAGCGUCCAACUAAAAUGUUUCCGAAAAAAAAACAUUCCAUGAAUGAGGUGUAAAUAAUGUUUUUGUGCUAACAUUUUGAAACAUUAUUAAACACCAGAUGACUUUGAACAAACAUUCUAUUAACAUUACUGGGCGAACGUUUGUUCAUAACUUUGCUAGAACAUUUGCCACAUUUGAGAAUGUCCCCUGUCAGCUGGAAUAGAGUGUGAGCUUUAACCGAUGUGUGUGGUUAAACUGAGAUGUUGAGUAACCAAGCUGAAGGGAAAAAAGAGGAAACCAAAUGUGUUAUUUUCCAUCAGACUAACACUUCUGUUUUAAGUGCUUCAUGAAUUGUGCUGUGACUGUAUAGUGGCAAGAGGAAACAUUAAAUGAAGAACAACUUUUCAUCAUGAAUCUCGAGGAGGGGAUCUGAUGUGCACAAUUACUCGAAAGUAAUGACAAUACAGCAGUUGGGUGAUUUCAAAGCAAUUCAAAUUCAGAAUUCACAGACAAUCUAAGAUUAGUUUCCAGCUACUAGUUAUUGAAGAGAAUUUAACUGCAAUAUGAGAGAGUUUUUAGGGGUUUAAAGCAUGUCAAACAUCCGCAUUUGCCCAUCUGGGGUGAGUUGAAGUAUAAUUUGAUAUGAAUUUUUUGUGACAGGUUUACCAAAAAUGUACAAGAAAAUAACAAAUAUCCCAAUCCAUAUCACAACUUCCAUUGCGGUCCUCAAUAUUAUUAAAAAGAAUGGAGGCAUGUACAAAGGAGAUGAGACAAUAUCCCCCAACUAAUACUGAUUGGAAAAAAAAAAACAUACAUCCAAUAUUUACAUUAAAACACACAAUAUACUAUCUAUAAUCACAAAACAACUAUCUUUCAAAGGAUUAGUUGACUUUAAAAUGAUAAUGACCCCAAGCUUUACUCACCCUCAAGCCAUCCUAAGUGUAUAUGACUUUCUUCUUUCUGAUGAACACAAUCGGAGGUAUAUUAAUAAAUAUCCUGACAGAAUUUUCAUCAAAAAUGAAAAGGUUGUGCUUUAUAAUGGCAGUGAACAAGGACCAACGAGUAUGAAGCUGAAGAAAGUGCUUCCAUCCAAAGCAAAACAUAUUUCACACGGCUCUGGGGGGUUAAUAAAGGCCUUCUGAAGUGAAGCAAUAUGUUUUGUGUAAGAAAAAUAUCCAUAUUUAACAAGUUAUAAAGUAAAAUAUCUAGCUUCUGCCAGACCAGGGGUCACCAACCUUUUUGAAACUGAGGGCUACUUCUUGGGUACUGAUUAAUGCGAAGGGCUACCAGUUUGAUACACACUUCUGAAAUAACAAAUCUGCUCAAUUUACCUUUAAUUAUAUGUCAUUAUUAAUAAUUAAUGAUAUUCAUCUAUGUGAAGACACUGAUCAUGUUAAUGAUUUCUCACAAUAAUUAUCAACAAUGAUUUAACAAGUUAGGAAACAGAUAAAUAUCAAUAUGCAACAUUUUAUUUCUAUAAAUCUCUGCAAGUAUUUACAUUUUCAAAUGAUCACUUCUACAACAUUUUCACUAGCCACUAACAAUUUUGAAUAAAUCAUGCACUACGUUGCACCAUGUUUGUACAGAUUAUCAAUUAUGUAACAUACAAAAAUCAACUUUCAGAUUUUACUGAACGUAUCACCAAAUCUACAGCAUUUUUAACAAAAUUAUCAUAUCUUACAUUUAACAAACACAUUUGUCACAAUUUUUCAAAAACUGAAUUCAACUGCCAUGUUGCCACUGAGAACAUCUGGUAUCAGUUUCUUUGUCUGUUAGUGGGAAGCCUGGCAUUGCAUGCUGUCCGGUCUCGUGAAAAAAGACUGCUGUUUGCACAAACCCGCCUUUAACUCGCGGGCUUUUUCCGCUCGUAGUGCGCUGCCCGGCGGGUAGUUAGCAUGGUAGUUUGCGUGACACGUUCGGAAAUGUCUCUCCACAUUGUGCCGCUUUGCCGUCGCCACAGUCGCCCCGCAAAUGAGACACACGCAGGAAGAACUCUUCCUCCCAUUCAAUGUGAAAAUGAUAUGUUUUCUUUCUUUUUUCUGCCAUGUCUUCGGAGGUAAAUCAUCUCCUCACCUUCACUGCGGCAACGGUUGCCGUGGAGACCAGCUAGCUCUAAUCUAAUAUGAAACAUUUUUUAAAGUUUUUUUUUUUUUUUUAAAUAUUGUCAUUUUCAAAUUCACACCAAUGUAAGUGUGAUUUAAAAAAUAAUAGCAACAAAAAAAAUUAGAUGCAGCUCACUGGUAAGUGGCGCUAUGGUGAGCUAUUUUUAGAACAGGCCCACGGGCGACUCAUGUGGUCCUUGCGGGCGGGCACCAUGUUGGUGACCCCUGUGCCAGACCGUAGUGUAAAGUGUAAAACACUCGCAGUUCAAAACGCUUAUGCUACAAGUUGAAUACGGAAGGUGGUCUGGUGGAAGCUAGAUAUUUUACUUUAUAACUUGUUAAAUAUGGAUAUUUUUCUUACACAAAUGAAUCGCUUUACUUAAGAAGGCCUUUAUUAACCCCCCAGAGCCGUGUGGAGUAUGUUUAUUCAGCUCAUACUUGUUGGUCCCAUUCACUGCUAUUAUAGAGCUCAGAUGCGUCAGAAUAUUUUUUAAUAUAACUCAUAUACAUAUACAGUCAUAUACACCUAGGAUGGCUUGAGGGCAAGCAAAGCUUGGGGUCAUUUUCAUUUUAAAGUGCUCUUUUUAACUGCUCUUUUAAACCUUCCCAACUCUUUAAGCCCUUUAAACACACUGGUAAUUUAUUCCAUGCAGUUGCGCUAUCAUAUAAAAAAAAAUUUUCCCCACCAAGCUUUUAAAUUGACAUGGGCAAGUAGUGUUAGUAGUACACGUUGUUUCGAAAUGUUUACAGAAAAGUAUUGCAGUAUUAAUUACUUAAAUUUUACUAGCAGAGUAGAGGUCUAAAGGUUCACUCACACUGACUGAGUUAAAUUGUUUAAAGUCACAUACAGUCAUGUAGUGUUGGUUGCUAGUAGACUCUGUUAGUUUCAAAAUGUUUACAGAAAAGUAUUGCAGUAAUAAUUUCUUAAAUUUCCUAGUUCCUCAAGUACAGAGAGCAGAGUAGAGGUCAAAAGGUUCACUCACACUGACUGAGUUAAAUUGUUUGAAGUCACAUACAGUCAUGUAGUGUAGGUUGCUAGUAGAUUCUGUUAGUUUCUAACAGCUAAACUGGUCAAGGGUUCAAUUCCCAGAUAAAAACUUAAUAGCUUGAAUGCGCAGUAAGUCCCUUUGGAUAAAAGCAUCUUCCAAAGACAGAAAUGUAAAUGCAGACACAACUUUGUUGCAUCUUUGCAAUAGCUUUGAUUAAAAAUUGUUAAUUUAUUUUAGGUAACACGUUACUAUAAGUAACGUUGCACCUACAUGUCAACUAACUCUCAUUAGGGUAUUAGUAGACUGUCUUCUUAAAGGGACAGUUCACCCAAAAAUGAAAAUGUUGUCAUCUUUUUCUCGCCCUCAUGUUGUUCCAAACCUGUAUGAGUUUCUUUCUUCUGUUGAACACAAAAGAAAAUAUUUUGAAGAAUGUUGGUAACCAGACAGUUGACGGUAGCCAUUGACAUCCAUAGUAUUUUUUCCUACUGUGGAAGUCAAUCUUCUUUAAAACAGACUUUCUAUUGACUAUAGCUGACUGUAAAGGCCCGUUCACACCGCCCAGACAGAUGCCAACAAACAAGUUGGCCGUUGGAUUUAGAAUUUUAUGAAAAAUAAUUCAUGCCCCAACAGAAACCAACAAACGCUGAUUGAACAGGUUUACACGGGUGAAAACAAACCCUGACCAACGGCAACGGAAGCUGACAGGGCUAACACACUGAUCCGACAAAAACUAAAAAACGGGGGGGGGGUUUGUGAGGUGUGAGUUGGCAUUAACUUCUCAAGUACAUGCAACUUAUUCUACUAACCCGAACCCUACUCCUAACAGUCUACUAAUACUGAGGCGAGUUGACAUGUAGGUGCAAGUUCACUUAUAGUCAUGUAUAGUUUUUUAAAUUUUUAUAUAAAGUUGGAUAUAAAAUAUAUCCAGUGUACAGUAAACUCACGUAAAACAAAAUAUACUGUAUAGCAAAUCUCAACUGCUUGAUUGCAUGUAACAUUGCAAAAUGUAACAUAAACAUGAAGAUAUUAUAAACAUUAAAAUUAUGAUUAUUUUUUUUGUAAAUUGCUUUGAAACAAUGUGUAUUUUGAAAAGCACAAUAUAAAAAAAUUGACUUGACUUUAAAUUUAUGCUGUUAGUGUGAACUCCCCUUAAUAUUAAACUAAUUUGAUCCACUUUCACGUUUAUCCAUGAUGAUUGAGAGCAUGUUUGUCAGUACUGUAUGUAAGAGUUCUGUCAUGUUUUGUACGAUCAGUUUCCUGAUCAUGUCAUGUGAUUUCCUGCAUGGAAACAUCUCAUCUUAUCCCUUCUCAGUUCAAAAGGUGAAUGCUUUUUACAAUUACAUCUCUGUUGUGUGCGUGCAUCAUAAUGUGUAAAUAAUUUGCUUGGGUGCAUAUGAAUGAAAUUAAUAGUUUUAAAUGAUUAUAUUUAUUAGUGUACAAAUGUCUCUAAGACAUAAAGGCCUGGUUUUACAGUCAGGGCUUAGAUUUAGCCUUACAAUAGUUCAGUUAUGGCGUUUUAAGUAGCUUUUUUAAAUGUACUAUAGAAAAAACAUUACUGGUGAGCAUCUUGAGACAAAACAAUGGCUCUGACAUAUUUUAAGAUAUGUCAGUGCAAGUUUCUUUCAGUUAAAACAGCUCAAACAUGCAUUUUAGUCUGCCUUAAGCCUUAUCUGCGAAACCGGGGGUAUAUAUCUUGUCAAUCUACACAAGCAGUCACCAAGAGUAAUAUCUGUCGGAUGGAGUUAUUUUGAGCAUGUUUUUGAUGUGGGGUUAAAGAGAUGGAGAUGCUGAUUAAGUCAGAGUUGCGUUGCAUCUUUAUUUUCUACAGCGGCGUCACUUUACAACAUCCACACAGUUAAUGAUUAACAUGCAUGCGAACACGACACAGAAUAUCAUCCUGCUGUUAUCUGCAUGGCUGUCAACGAACUUUCACGAGAAAAUGGGAAAGGAAAUAAAGGAUAUUUAGUGGAAUUUUUUAGCCAUGUGACCACAUAAGCAUUUUAUUUUGUAAAGUUUGAUUCUCUCCCCUUCAUUUUUCUGUAUUCUGUUUUUUUCACACUCAUCAAGGAUUGUGAAAUUGUAAAAUAGCAUAAUUAGUGUGAACUUGGCUUCAUGUGUAAAACACUUAUGUUUGGCUCCUCAAUAAAGAUUCUAAAGUGUGAAACAA